CGGAAGAUGCGGCUGUGAGCUUGCUCAGAGUGCUGAUCCUGUGGGUCUUCACUUGAUCGUGACCAUGGGGAUAUGGCCGGGUGGUGUCCGGCCCUGCAUUGCAGGCCAGGAGAACUGCGCUGCCAACAAUGAGUCCAAGGACUACUGUUACUCAGCCCGUAUCCGCAGCACCGUGCUUCAGGGCCUACCCUUUGGAGGCGUCCCCACAGUCCUUGCGCUGGACUUUAUGUGCUUCCUGGUGCUUCUAUUUGUCUUCUCAAUAUUGCGGAAAGUGGCCUGGGAUUAUGGACGCUUGGCAUUGGUGACAGACGCUGACAGGUAG